AUGGCUCCUACUUCUCACAUAAACGAACACGUUGGUCCCUUACCAAGACCUUCACCCAAAUUGCCAAAAAACUCCUUGGAUCUCUUCUCCUUGAAGGGGAAAGUUGCAUCUGUAACUGGAUCAUCCGGUGGAAUUGGUUUUGCAGUAGCUGAAGCCUACGCCCAAGCUGGUGCAGACGUUGCAAUCUGGUAUAACUCCAAGCCUGCCGACGAAAAGGCUGAAUACUUGGCAAAGGAAUAUGGAGUAAAAUGUAAGGCUUACAAGUGUAACGUCAGUGACUCCAAUGAUGUUGAAAAGGUGAUCGCUCAGAUCGAAUCUGACUUUGGCACAAUUGACGUCUUUGUUGCUAACGCAGGUGUACCAUGGACUGAAGGUAGAAGUCUUAAUGUGGAAGGUUUUGAAAGUUUUAAUAAGAUCAUUGACUUGGAUCUUAGCGGAGUUUACUACUGUGCCAAGACAGUUGGAAAAAUCUUCGAAAAGAAAGGUUCGGGUUCAUUGAUUAUCACUGCUUCGAUGUCUGGUCACAUUGUUAACGUUCCUCAAUUACAGGCUCCUUACAAUGCUGCCAAGGCAGCAUGCUUACAUUUAGGUAAGUCCCUUGCCGUGGAGUGGGCUCCAUUCGCCAGAGUGAACACCAUUUCUCCAGGUUACAUUAAUACUGAAAUUUCAGAUUUCGUCCCUCAAGAGAUGAAGGAAAAGUGGUGGCAGUUGAUCCCAAUGGGAAGAGAAGCCUUACCACAAGAAUUAGUUGGUGCUUACUUGUACUUGGCUUCAAACGCCAGUACUUACACUACCGGAACUGAUAUUUUAGUCGAUGGUGGUUACUGUGCUCCAUAG